AAUUGUUUGUUUUACGUGAAAAAAGUGUUUUAUUUAGUAAAACAGAUUAUAACUAAUAAUUAAAAUAAUAUAGGACUAAGGAAAAAUGGUUAUAUGUAAAUAUUUUCAAAACGGCUACUGCCGAUUUGGGUCCAAAUGUGUUAAUGAUCAUCUUGAUAUAAAGCAAAUUAUAAAAAGCGAAAUUGAAGCAGCAUUAAAAGGGUCUCAGUGGCCAUUAUCAUGUUUUGGGCCUUUUAAAGAGAAGGCAUGUGUGCCGAAUUUCAUUGAUGACCAAAGUUUUGAGGAAAUACGAUAUUUGUGUUAUGAGGCAAAAAAACAAAAUUGUUUCCUACCAUUUCAACAACAGUUUAACCAACAAAUUUUGGAAGCCCAAAAUAAAAUGAACCAACUUUUAUCAUUAAGUCCUGAAGUUGUGAAUGUAAUUACACAAAUUUAUGAAUCUGGGUCAGAAGUUAAUAAAGGGCCCCCUGCCAAUAAUCCAUUUUCAAAUAUGGGAGGCAGUUCUACAAGCAACUCAAAUUUAUUUGGAAGUAAUCAAGUGCAAUCUAACCCAUUUGCUAAAUCAAUAACAACUGGUUUUGGAGGUGGUGCAACUGCUGGAAACAAUAUAUUCGGAUCAAGUGUGCCAAAUAAUAAUAAUGCAGGAAGCAGUAAUAUUUUUGGAAAUGGCCCUUCAAUUUUUGGGGGUGCCGCGCAACAAAAUUAUCAACCAAGCCCAUUUGGAGGUGGAUUUUCAAAUCAAAAAAGUCAAAGUAUUUUUGGGGGACAAUCACAACCACAAACAAGUUCUAUAUUUGGUGGAAGUUCAGGUCAAGUUAAUUUUCAACAAAAUCAAUCUUUUGGUAGUAUUUUUGGUUCUAAUAAUUUAAAUAAUACCGGAAAUUUAGUUUCAAAUCAACCUAUGCAAUCGAAUAUAUUCCAAGCGACUAAUCCAGGAAAUGUUUUUGAAAUGCAACCUACACAACAAUCAACAUUCACAACACAAAAUCAAGCACAAAAUACUGGAUUUGCAAAUCAAUCAAAUCAAAACAAGGCUUUUACAUUUUCUUCUUUUUUGCAAAACCCAAAUCAACAAAUCCAACCACAAAAUCAAUCUUUUGGACAGCAAAUUAAUACCGGAAUUUUUGGUAAUAGUAAUCAGAAUUAUAUUCAGGCACAAAAUUCUAAUAAUCAGAAUGCAAAUAUGAAUCCGAACCAAAGCGAUAUUCAAACGCAGAAUCAACAAAAUCAAAUUCAAAAUCAGAAUCAACAAAGUCAAAUUCAAAAUCAAAAUCAACAAAGUCAACUUCCAAAUAAUAAUCAACAAGGUCAAACUCAAAAUCAGAAUCAAAAUCAAAAUCAGAAUCAGCAAAAUCAAAUUCAAAAUCAGAACCAACAAGGUCAAAUUCAAAAUCAGGGCCUUAAUCAGAAUCAAAAUCAAAUACAGACCGCAAACCAAAUGCUCACAACAAAUCAAAUGCAGGGUCAAACUCAAGGUCAAAAUCAAAACCCUACUCAGCAACAAGCCCACAUCCAAAAUCAAAAUCAACAAAAUCAAAGUAUAUUUGCUCAAGCAGUUCAACCGCAACAAAAUGUUACACAACAAGGGUUAUUUACACAAGCAAAUCAGAACCAAUCUCAGCAAGCUCAUCCACCAAUCUUCGGUAACCAACAACUACAAACUUCAAAUUCAGUUUUGACAUCCAAUUCAACCUCAACAGAUGUUUCGUCACAAAAUAUUUUCGCUCAAGCUGCAGCUAGCCUAAUGCAAGAAAAUUCAAAACCGAAUCAAUUUAGUUCAAAUCAGUUACACCAAAUAAGCCAAAAUCAGCAAACAUAUUCUGGCGUUUAUAGUAAAUUAGAUUCUUUAUCGGCAGAAGCUCUCGAAGCUUUUAAAGCAGAUCAAUUUUCUAUUGGAAGGAUACCAACUGUACCUCCGCCAAGAGAACUAUGUUUUUAAAAAUAUAUAUAUGUAUGAAAUGUUCGAGUUAACUCAAAUUAUCUUUUUAUAAUGUACCUAUACGUUAGAAUGGAAGUAUUAAAUUAAAUUUAUUUUAGAUUAUGGUAUAAAAAAUACUUUAAAAUUAUAAAAAAAAACAAAGGGUAAUCUGUUGAAUUGUCUACAAUCAAAUCUGGACCUGAUUAAUUCAAGAUACCGAAUCUUGGAUUAGCUCAAUAUUUU